GAAAAGAAAAAAGAAAAAACGGAGUCGAGUGCCGACUACUUCUGAUUUCCGAGCCCAAACUUAGAAAGAUAAAGAGGCAGAAGAAGCAAAGCAGCUGAUCUCUGGUUCGACACAAGAGAGAGAGAGAGAGAUAGAUCCGGUUUUUGGCACAGUGAAGUUUCGGAGAGAGAGAGAUAGCUGAGGCAGCCGCCGUCACCUCAGAUCAACCAAACAUAUUUACCUCCGUCUAAUCGAUCCCUGAUUUGAGCUUCCCUUUUCAGUACUCUGGCUAUGGGUUCCAAAUCAGUUGUGGAUAUGAUUGAGGCAUCCUCAGGUGCACAUUUUUCUGGGUUUCACAUGGAUGGCUCAUUGGGUGCUAGAAGUAAUGGGCAGCCAACAACCUCUGCAAGUGAUGGGAUCUACAAUCAACCUUUUGUUAUUGGAGUUGCUGGAGGAGCAGCUUCUGGGAAAACAACGGUGUGCGACAUGAUCAUCCAACAGCUGCAUGAUCAGCGUGUAGUACUUGUUAAUCAGGACUCCUUUUAUUUCAAUCUCACAGAAGAAGAACUUAAACGGGUCCAUGAAUACAACUUUGAUCAUCCUGAUGCAUUUGACAACGAUCAACUGCUAUCUGCCAUGGAGAAACUGAGGCAGGGAAAGGCUGUAGAUAUUCCCAAGUAUGACUUCAAGAGUUACAAAAGUGAUGUUUUCCCCGCAAGAAGGGUUAAUCCGUCGGAUGUUAUAAUUUUGGAAGGCAUUCUCAUUUUUCAUGAUCCUCGUAUUAGAGAGCUGAUGAACAUGAAGAUAUUUGUCGAUACAGAUGCUGAUGUACGGUUGGCCAGGAGAAUAAGGCGUGAUACUGGUGAGAAAGGUAGAGAUAUUGCCACAGUUCUUGAUCAGUAUUCCAAAUUUGUGAAGCCUGCUUUUGAUGACUUCAUACUUCCAACAAAAAAGUACGCAGACAUCAUCAUUCCUCGUGGUGGUGAUAAUCAUGUGGCAAUUGAUUUAAUUGUGCAGCAUAUUCGUACAAAACUUGGCCAACAUGAUCUCUGUAAAAUUUACCCCAAUUUAUACGUCAUUCAAUCAACUUUUCAGAUACGUGGCAUGCAUACCCUUAUACGUGACUCUCAAACAACCAAACAUGAUUUUGUUUUCUAUGCUGACAGGCUUAUUCGUUUGGUAGUUGAGCAUGGUCUGGGACACCUACCUUUUACAGAGAAGCAGGUGAUCACUCCCACCGGUUCUGUAUAUACUGGUGUGGACUUCUGCAAGAGAUUGUGCGGUGUGUCAGUUGUCAGGAGUGGUGAGAGUAUGGAAAAUGCUUUGCGAGCUUGUUGUAAAGGCAUCAAGAUAGGGAAGAUUCUCAUCCAUAGAGAAGGUGACAACGGUCAGAAUCAGCUGAUCUACGAAAAGUUACCUAAAGACAUUGCAGAUAGGCACGUCUUGCUACUCGAUCCCAUUCUAGGAACAGGCAACUCUGCAGUUCAAGCCAUUUCCUUGCUCAUCAGGAAGGGCGUGCCCGAGGCCAACAUUAUAUUCCUUAAUCUCAUAUCUGCACCCCAGGGAGUUCAUGUUGUCUGCAAAAAGUUCCCCAGGAUAAAGAUCGUGACAUCCGAGAUUGAGACGGGUUUGAACGAGGAUUUCCGUGUCAUACCAGGAAUGGGGGAGUUCGGAGACAGAUAUUUUGGAACAGAUGACGAUGACGAGCCGCCGGUGGCUGCAACAGCAGCCGCCAAGAACGGCAGCUGAUUGCCACUGGCCACAGUAUGGGUACGAGUGUGCCUCGGUCCGUCUUGUCAUAUGUGGCAAAGUUCUUUUGAGUGCUUAAUUUUGUCAACAAAAUUUUGAGUCCAUAAAAUGACUUCCCAUCAAUUCCGUAAUAAUAUCUGAUCUCUUGCAACUGUCUGAACCUGAAAUGAGUCUGUGAAGUUCCAUUCAGCCCUUUCUGCAGUUCUUACUGUGUUCCCCAUGAAAACAACGAGAUGUUUUGUGAGCUUCCCCAUUUUCCGAUUGGUUGAGGGAUUUUGCGCAUUAUGAUAAAAGUGAGUUAAAUGAAGGAUAAUAAUGAAACUGUC